AUGUUCAUAGAUGAAAACGAGACGAACAAAGGAGGGGCUUUCUCCAAAACAUCAACAGCGGGGUCAGCAACUCAGAUGAUCUAUCCACAAACGCAUCCCACUUCUUAUACAGCCGAAAUUCCACGCGCAAUAAGACAAAUGCAGAACCUUUGUCUCAAUUCAGCUGAAGGUUGGCCAAAACCAAAAGUGUGA